AUGAGUGGCCUCCAAUCGCUGAUCAAACGCCACGUAGCGCCGAUCGACACCGUACCCGUGGAGCUUGUGUCGGACAUUAUGAAUUUAUCUCUUCCUCCGCAGGAGCUCAGGCAUCAGGGAUGGGAGGGCGGCAGCCCGUGGUCCCAUCCGCUGCGCCUUGCCGGCGUGUCCCGGAGGUGGAAAGUGGUGGCGGAGGAUACCCCACAACUCUGGUGCUACAUCGAAGCGGAGCUGAAGCCAUCCACAUCCAACGCAAUCAAGCACCUGACGAAGCGCUGGAUGUCUCGCUCGGGGUCGGCUUCGCUGAGCGUUAUUUUCACUGUCUCCCGGCAUAGUGAGCGGGAGUCACCUUGCAACGACGUUGAAUACAUGGUAUGCUUCGACUUUCUCCAGACGAACAUGCAUCGCAUCAGAGAACUCGUCCUGCGCGCCCCUGUCUAUGUGUUGUCGACACUUCCCAGUGCGCCUCUGCCACGUCUGGAGACCGUGCGUCUUGUUGCUCGGGAACGCGACGACAUCCUGGCACUGAAGGAAACGUCUAUCUUCGCCGCGGCCCCCAAACUGCGCAAUAUCUACAUCAAGGGGAUCAGCCGGGCCCUCGGCGUCAGGUCCUUCAGCUGGUCAUCCCUCACAGACCUCCAUCUGGAGGUAUUGGGUCCCGCGUUGAUGCCCUGCGUGGAACUGCUCGCCGCGUGUUACAAUCUGCUCUCCCUGACACUGACCAUGCAAUACCUCACGAGGGAACACACGGCACCCUGGUGCGGUCACCCGCGGCCAAGGCUCCGGUGCGAGAAGCUUCAUACUCUGGACGUCGACGCGACGUACAGCUUUACCGACUUUGGGGCGUUCGUUCAAUGGCACUUCUUCCCUGCUCUCCGCCGACUUACAGAGGAGCUCCUGGCGCUCUUCCGGGUGUUGCCGGAUUUGCGCAUCCUUCAGACCGAGGAGGACUUGACCGGGACGUUUACCCCGUUGACUACGAGCAUUAUUGCCUAA